AUGUGGGCCGUCGACAGUGGUGCAACGCACCACGUUUGCCACAAAAAGACCAAGUUUGCAAGUUUGGCAGAGCGCAACGAGGGCGAACUAUUGGUGGCUGAUGGCAACAAGGUGGCCAUCAAGGGUGUUGGAACCAUCAUGGAAAAUGUGGUUCUGACCAACGGCGAAGAGCGCGAGAUCGAGAUCAAGAACGCGUUACAUGUUCCAAGUAUGAGCAAGAACCUGCUUUCGGUGCCACAGACUAACAGGCAUGACAUCUCCAAGUCGUGUUUGACGGGUCCAAGAUGUAUGUGA